AUGUCGGCUGAAAUUUGUGCCCCGUAUGCACCUUUCUUUGGUUUCGCUGGAGUGGCUUCAUCAAUGAUUUUCUCAACUAUCGGUGCUGCUUAUGGAACUGCUAAAGCUGGAAUCGGUAUCACUGGUCUUGGAAUCAUGAAACCUGAUCUGGUGAUGAAAUCACUUAUUCCAGUGGUGAUGGCAGGUAUCAUAGCAGUGUAUGGAUUGGUAGUAGCAGUCUUAAUAAUAGGAGGAAUGGAUCCUUCAAAACCUUACUCAGUAUUCGCUGGCUUUAUUCAUCUAGCAGCAGGUCUUUCUUGUGGUAUGACAGGAUUAGCAGCGGGCCACGCGAUUGGUAUCAUAGGUGAUGCUUGUGCAAGAGCUUUCUUGUUUCAAUCACGAAUCUUCGUUUCAAUGGUUUUGAUGCUCAUCUUUGCAGAGGUUAUUGGACUUUAUGGAUUGAUUAUAGCUUUAAUUUUGAACACAAAAGCUUUCCAAGGUAAUACUCUAUGCACUUGA